CGGACGGCGGCCCGGGGCGGAGAGCGGCGGAGCGGACUUCCCGCGUGGGGUGAGGCGCGCGGGGGAGGCUCGGCCGGCGCUGCCUCUGCCCCCUCGCGGCCGCGCCGUCCUGAGACGCGGCGGCGGGAACCGGGGUGGCCGAGAUGACGGCCGCGGGUCGCAGCCCCCUGGAGCCGCUCCUGGAGACUUGGGAGGACCCCUCGGCGUCGCCCGGCGAGCAGACGGACGCCUACCUAACUCUGACCAGUCGUAUGACUGGACAAGAAGGAAAAGAAGUCAUUGCAGAAAUUGAGAAAAAUCUUCCUCGGCUCUAUACAGUUCUAAAGGCUCACAUUUCCAGCCAGAACUCAGAGUUGAGUAGUGCUGCUCUGCAAGCCUUGGGGUUUUGCUUAUAUAAUCCCAAAAUCACCUCAGGACUAUCAGAGGCAAAUAUUCAACAACUGCUUGUAACUUUGAAUGGUAUCAUUAAGAGUUCAGACAAAAAUGUGUGUACCAGGGCACUGUGGGUAUUAUCUAAACAGACGUUUCCUACUGAAGCUAUUAGCAAAAUGGUAUCCAGUAUUAUUGAUUCAUUGGAACUGCUACUAAGUAAAGGAGAGAUACAGUCUGCUGUUGUUGAUUUUGAAGCAUUAAAUGUUAUUAUAAGGCUAAUUGAGCAAGCCCCAGUUCAAAUGGGAGAAGAGUCUGUGAGGUGGGCCAAAUUGGUCAUACCAUUAGUUGUUCACUCGGCACAAAAGGUCCAUUUGCGGGGAGCCACUGCUUUGGAGAUGGGGAUGCCAUUGCUGCUCCAGAAACAACAAGAAAUAGCCUUAAUUACAGAGCACCUUAUGACUACUAAAUUAAUCUCAGAACUCCAAAAGCUAUUUAUGAGUAAAAAUGAGACUUAUGUAUUAAAGUUGUGGCCUUUGUUUGUCAAACUUCUUGGAAAGACCUUGCACCGAAGUGGGAGUUUCAUCAAUUCUUUGUUACAGCUGGAAGAACUGGGCUUCCGUAGUGGAACACCCAUGAUUAAAAAGAUAGCUUUCAUUGCUUGGAAAAGCUUAAUAGAUAAUUUUGCUUUAAACCCAGAUAUACUUUGUAGUGCAAAAAGACUCAAGUUGUUAAUGCAGCCUUUGAGUUCCAUCCAUGUGAGAACAGAAACAUUAGCAUUAACAAAACUAGAAGUCUGGUGGUAUUUGCUGAUAAGACUUGGACCUCAACUCCCUGGCAACUUUGAACAGGUUUGUGUGCCUUUGAUUCAGAGUACAAUAAGUGUUGAUAGUAUUGCUUCACCGCAAGGCAGUUCAUCUCGAGGGUCUACGUCUCCUGGCUUAAGUCCACUGACUCCUGGACAUAAAGGAGUUCCUGCAACGCCACGCAUGAAUCCGAGUUCAAAUAUAGGUGGAAUGGCUUCAAUCCCUUCCAUUCAGCUUUUGGGACUGGAAAUGAUGCUUCAUUUUUUGUUGGGUCCAGAAGUCUUGAAUUUUGCUAAGCAACACAAGCUUGUAUUAAGCUUAGAGCCACUGGAGCACCCACUAAUCAGCAGCCCUUCUUUCUUCUCUAAGCAUGCGCAUACACUUAUCACUGCUGUUCACGAUAGCUUUGUUGCAGUUGGAAAAGAUGCUUCAGAUGCUGUAGUUAGUGCUAUCUGGAAGGAGCUAAUUAGUUUGGUGAAGUCAGUUACUGAGUCAGGAAACAGAAAAGAAAGAUCAGGUUCUGAAGUUUUGACUCUCCUACUAAAAUCUUUGGAAAACAUAGUGAAGUCAGAAGUAUUUCCUGUAUCAAAAACACUGGUUCUCAUGGAAAUUACAGUUAAAGAACUUCCUCAGAAAGUAUUAGGUUCACCAGCAUAUCAGGUUGCUAAUAUGGAUAUUCUUAAUGGAACUCCAGCUUUGUUCCUAAUCCAGUUAAUUUUUAACAACAAUAUUUUAGAAUGUGGUGUUGCAGAUGAAAAGUUUUUUCUCAAUCUGGAAACACUUGUAGGAUGUGUACUUUCUGGUCCAACUUCACCAUUGGCUUUUAGUGAUUCUGUACUGAGUGUGAUUAAUCAGAAUGCGAAGCAGUUGGCAAACAAGGAGCAUCUGUGGAGAAUGUGGAGUAUUAUAGUCACUCCUCUGACUGAUGUGAUUCAUCAGACUAAUGAAGUGAAUCAAGGUGAUGCCUUAGAACAUAAUUUUAGUGCCAUCUAUGGUGCAUUGACUUUACCAAUAAACCAUAUUUUUUCAGCUCAGACAUUUCCUAUGGCUACCAUGAAGACUUUACUUAAAACUUGGUCAGAAUUAUAUAGAGCAUUUGCACGCUGUGCUGCUUUGGUGGCAACAGCAGAAGAGAAUUUGUGCUGUGAAGAGCUUUCUUCUAAAAUACUAUGCAGUGUGGAAGAUGAAGUACUUUCAGAUUUGUUAUUCUUGGACAGGAUCUCUCAAAUUAUUAUUGUAAUGGUUGAUUGUAUCGACUUUUCACCGUAUAAUGUUAAGUAUCAGCCCAAAAUCAAAUCACCACAGAGGUCUUCAGAGUGGUCCAGAAAGAAGAAGGAACCCCUUGGGAAAUUGGCUUCUUUAUUUAAGCUAAUUGUGAGACUGAUCCAUUCUUUCCACACUCUGAGCUUCAAGGAAACGUAUUCUGAUACACUGGUUAACAUUGUUAACUCAGUCAUCAGCAUGCUUUCUAAUAUAUUUGGACACAUUUCCUUGCCUUCUAUGAUCCGAGAAAUAUUUGCAACUUUUACAAGACCUCUGGCUUUACUAUAUGAAAACUCAAAGCUUGAUGAAGUUCCUAAAGUGUAUAGUAGUCUGAACAACAAGUUAGAAAAGCUAUUAGGAGAAAUUGUUGCUUGUCUACAACACAACUAUCCUGGGGCCUACGACAGUGAACUUCUUGGACAACUUUCUCCACUUCUGUGCAUAAUAUUUCUUCACAAGAAUAAACAGAUUCGAAAGCAGAGUGCUCUGUUGUGGAACACUACAUUCGCUAAAGCGACAACUCUGGUUUAUCCUGAAGAAUUAAAACCAGUAUUAAGAGAAGCCAAACAAAAAGUUUUGCUUCUGUUGCCUGGUUUGGAAAACGUUGAAAUGAUGGAUGAAUGCAGUGGGCCAUAUUCAGAUGCAACAGAAAAUUCACAAUUAAAUGUCAAGAUAAGUGGCAUGGAAAGAAAAUCAAGUGGAAAAAGAGACUCCUUUUUGGCACAGACUAAGGAUAAAAAAGAAAAUACGAAGCUGUCGGCCAAACUGAAAUUAGAAUCUUCAUCUCCAAAAUUAAGGAGUAAUAAGCUUUUGGAAGAGGAAAAAUCUACUGACUUUGUGUUCAUACCUCCUGAAGAAAAAGAGGCAAAGGCAAGGAUUUUGACUGAGCACCAGAAAGAAGUCCUCAAGACAAAAAGGUGUGAUAUUCCUGCCUUGUAUAAUAAUCUAGAUGUUUCACAAGACACCUUAUUUUCCGCUCAGUUUAGCCAAGAAGAAUCUAUGGAAAGCCACACUUUAACUGAAAAACCAAAAGAAGAUGCCAGGGUAAUUAAGGAAGAGCAAAUGGAGAGUGCUGUUUUCAUCUCUCAAGAUGCCGUGGAAAACUCUGGUAUGGAUGUACAUCCUGAAAAGGCUUAUUUACCAAAUGACUCUUGUUCUGUUGCUGGAACCAAUUCAGAAGCAUUGGGCCCCGAUAGUGAUGCGACAAAAAACAUGUUAAUUUCAUCAAAGAUAGUGUCAGCUGAAUGUUCUAGUAUAGAAAGUUCACUGGUGGUCAGCAGUAGUUCAGUUUCUAAUGCCACCGUUUCUGGAACUCCUCCACAGCCUGUGAGUCGGAGACAAACCUUUAUUACUCUGGAGAAAUUUGAUGGUUCAGAAAAUAGACCUUUUAGCCCAUCCCCUUUGAAUAACAUGUCAUCCACCGUUACAGUGAGAAAUAACCAGGAAAACACAACUAAAACUGAUAUGCCACCAAAAACAAGGAAAAGAGAAAUGACUCACUCAAAAUCUGAUUCAGAAAAAUUAGUGAAUGGUGGUAAGAAAUCAGGCCGGAGGGGGGGUAAAGUUGAGCAAUUGACUAAUAAAACGUCUAAGCCUUCAGUGAGAUCUGGACAGGAGGAGGAACGUGUAUUAGAAAAUAACCCUCCUGAUUUGCUCAGUCAAGCAGAAUGUGUGUCAGAUAAUCACAAUCAUCCUUCUGGAGCUACCCUAGAGCAUGAAGAUAGAAAUUCCAAACCUGCAGUAGAAAAUGCUUCAUUGGAAACCUCAACAGAAGAGAAAAACAUAGGCAUUAAUAUGGGAUCUAAAGAAAAUAAACUCCCGGUUCCAGCACCAGCAGAUCAAAUAGUAAAUGAAGAUAAUCAAACUGUAGUAGCUCCAAAUCCAAAAACCCUCAGACGGUCUUCAAGGCGGCGUUCAGAAAUAGUAGAGUCUUCUACGGACAGCCAAGAUAAGGAUAACAUUCAACAAAAAAAGGAAAGACGGAAGGAAGAAGAGAAAACAAUUUUGAAGAGUCCUCUACAUACAAAAGAUGACAAGUUGCCUAAGCAAAAACUAACUGCCGAAUCCCUUACACAGGAAAAUUUGACUGAAAAAGGAAAUGGUUUACAUGAUAAAACUUUAGAGGAACCCAUUGGUAAUGCUGAAGCUGAUCAAAAUAAAAGAAAGCCAAACCAGGAGAACAUUAGUUCCGAGGGAGGUGGUACCCAGGACAGUGUAGAUAAGUCGUCUGAGAAACCUUUGAGAGGACGUACACGUUACCAAACAAGAAGAGCAUCUCAGGGGUUGCUUUCCAGUGUUGAAAACUCAGAAUCUGAUAGUUCUGAGGCAAAGGAAGAAGUUUCCAGAAAGAAACGAUCUGGGAAAUGGAAAAACAAAAGCAGUGACAGUGUUGAUACUGAAGAACAAGAAGAAAAGGUGGUCAAAGAGGAAUGUGUAAAAACUGCAGACGAGACACACGAAGUUGAUUCAGAAACAGCGGCUCAGGUUCUUGAAGAAAAUACAAAGAGAGUAAUUCUUCAGGAGUCUGUUGGGUCUUCAGAUUCACUGCAAGUUACUGAUGACACAAGUAAGACUAGCAAAUGCGUAGAUAACUCACUUGCAGUUACUCCUGUGCCUGAAUCAAAUCUCAGGACUAGGAAUGCUGUUAAGAGAUUGCACAAACGAGAAACGGAUAGCAGUGUGGGAGACUGCUCAAAAAUGGAGACAUCAGACAUUUCUGUGCCUUCCGAGAAAUGGAGCCAAGCAGUUGAAUGCCAACACAAGAGAAGCCGGAGAGUCAGGAGAUCAAAGGGCUGUGACUGCUGUGGGGAAAAAUCACAAUAUCAGGAAAAGUCAUUUAUUGGGUUAAAGAACACAGAAAGUUGUGCUUUAAAGAGCACGGAGACAAAAACUACAGAUGCGCAAGUACCUGAAACCACACCCGAAACUUGUGAAGCUGAUGAGCUUGUUGAAACAAAGUUGGUAGAUGAACAUCCUAGUAUGAGUUUUCAUUUGGGUCUUAAAGAAGAGAAUGGCACUACUAGUGAUUUAAUUAGAUCUGAAACUGGGUUGGAAGAAGAUAGAAAAAAUCUGCCAUCUGAAAUAGUAAAAGAAAACCCUCAUGAUAGAGAUUCUAGUGAAACAGUAUAUGAAAUCCAAAAGUCAUGUAAUGAGAAAUUUAAUGCUGAAGACGAAUGCUUAAGUGAUUCCAAGGAUAUUUCAGAGAAAUAUUCUGUAGAUAAUAAAGUAGAAAGUUCAGAAGCAAUUCUGAAAAGAGAAUUUGAUGUUAGUGACUUAGGGAGGGUAUCCAAAGUAAUAGCAGGAUCCAGUUCAGAGGGUGUUGAAGCUAUGGAAUUAGAUGUAGGAAACGACACAUUUGAAGCAGCUGUCUCUGAAAAGAGUGCCCAGAUGGAUAUUUCUGUAGAUAUGGCACCAGAGGAAGAUAAUAAAAAAGAUGAAUUUGAUACAGUCACAACUGAAAUAAAUGCUGAAGAAACAGCCCCUGAGGAUUUUAAUUCUGGUAUGAGUCUUCCUGAUAACGUGACACCUUUAAGCAAAAAGACUGUGCAGACUGAGCGUCCCACGAGGGCAGAACUAGAGGGGGAUAGUGUUAAAUCUGAUUCAGGCUCAUGUGAGGAAACGAACAAAGAAAUGGAAAAUUACAAAGCACCAGUGAUAGCUCAGUUGAAGACUGAAGUUGACAACACUGGGGAAGAGGACAGGGACACAAUUGUUAGCACCCCUGCACCUGAGGAAGCACCAGUUGGAAAACCAGAUGUCAAAACCGAAAGCUUUGUUUGUGACGCACUUGAUGUGAGUGCUGAAGAAGGAACUGUUUAUUACAAAACUGAAACAAAAGAACAUAAUCAGUCGGAUGAGACAAAGUCAGAUGACAGUCAGACUGUAAUGGGCAGCGACAUUCUGCCGGAAGCUUGUCUCACUUCAGAGAAAGUGGAGGAAUUCCCACAGUCUCUGACAUCCGAAGUGACUUUUGAACUGGUAGCAGAAAGCAAUAAUGCUUCUCCUGAAAAAUUAGAGCUGGAUCCCUCCCUUGGAUCAGCAACUGAAAGUCCUAGUGGUAUGCAAGCACGGUGUGUUUGGUCGCCACUGGCUUCUCCGUCCACAAGCAUCUUAAAGAGAGGACUCAAAAGAUCCCACGAAGAUGAGCUGUCAUCACCAGUUAACAAGGUCAGGCGUGUUUCGUUUGCAGAUCCAAUAUACCAAGCAGGAUUGGCAGACGACAUUGAUAGGCGCUGCUCUGUUGCUAAGCCUCAUUCUUCAAAUAGCUCCCCCUUAGUAAAAAGUGCUAAAACUUCACCUACUUCACACUCCAAGAUUACAGAAAUGGCCAAAGAACCCAUGCUAUCCCCAACAACAGAGAGCGUUUACCCAGCUUUGGUAAACUGUGCAGCAUCAGUCGACAUCAUUUUACCUCAGAUUACAUCAAACAUGUGGGCAAGAGGUCUAGGACAGCUUAUCAGAGCCAAGAACAUAAAAACAAUUGGUGAUUUGAGUACUCUUACCGCAUCUGAAAUAAAAACUCUGCCUAUUCGCUCUCCAAAGGUGUUUAAUGUAAAAAAGGCUCUCAGGGUAUACCACGAGCAACAGAUGAAAUCUCGUGGACUUGAAGAGAUACCAGUUUUUGAUAUUUCUGAAAGGGCAGUAAAUGGAGUAGAAAGCAAGCCCCUCUCAACUGAUGAAGAACGACUUGCCUCAGAUUUGGUUGACCCUGUGACCUUAGACACCCCAUUGUCUAAAAAUCUUGUGGCACAGAUUAGUGCUCUGGCUCUUCAGCUGGAUUCAGAAGAUCUCUACAGUUACUCUGGAAGCCAGCUAUUUGAAAUGCAUGAGAAACUUGGUACCAUGGCAAACUCUAUAAUAAGAAAUCUACAGUCACGUUGGAGAUCACCAGCCCAUGAAAAUUCUUAAUAUUUUAAAGAGAAAUGUAAAGUUUUUCACCACCAGAUUUUUAUUUUUUGGCUUUUAGAAAUAUCUGCACCGUUUAAAAAGAAACUUUGCAAAGUUGAUAUCAAAUCCUGAAGAUAAUGAAUUAUUAGGUCAAUUUUAUAAGUUCAUUAGUAAAGAUACUCCCUACUGUAUUUUCUUGGCCAGUACACAUAGUUUUUUAAGAAAUUGAAAUGUUUCUGAAACUUGAAAGCAAAUGAGAUAUACAUACUUUUUUUUUCAUACUUUAACUCAUGCAUAUUUUGGUGUAGCUCAUAAUACAGAUAUUUUAAGUAAGAUAGAGUUUUAUUUACACUUUAUUGAACUGAAAGGUGUUUAUAUUUUUCCAAAAUAUUUAUAUUUGUUGUACCUGAUGAAACAGAAGAGAGCAUUUCCUUCAGACGUGUAGAUAUGUAGACUACUUGGAGAAAUACCCUUUCAACUUGUUGGUAGUUAAAAUAACAAUGUUUCAUUUACUAACAUUCCAUUCAUUUGGUAUUAACAAAUAGCGGCAGCAUUUGCCUAUGAAAAUGUGCUCUUAUGAGGUAUAGUAUUCACUCUUAAGUGCAUGACUGUUUGUACAUUAUGUAUAGAAGACUUUUUUAAUUUAUAAAAUUUAGCCUUCAUUAAUUGCAUGAGUUUCUGCAGCUUCUUGUGAAUACCAUUGUUUUGUUUAAUAUAAACAUUUGUAUAUAUUUAAUAUCAAUAUCCAUUUGGAUAGUAAAAGUACUUCAUGACUUACUGUGGAUAUUUGUAGGCGUCUGUAUCUACAAAUAAAGCAACAGAUAGUUUUGUAUUUAGUUAAAACAUGAGUUUAUUUUCUAAAAUGUCCAAAAUAAUUAAAAUUAUCGGAACCAGAAAAUAUUACAUGCCACUACCUUUUUUUUUCUUUUGGUUUGGAAGAGGAUCCCAACCACUAGAAAAUGUGCCUCAUAUGUUUCUUCUUAAUGGAGAGUUAGCCUGGAUAUUUUCAUUGUAGGUUGUACUAUAAAACGUCUAUAGAGAUACCUGGUUUUAUCACAUACACUGAAAACUAAAUUUGAACCUGCCCUUUUUAUAUGUAUGUUUUGUCUGGCUUAAAAAAAAAUAGGAUAUAUAAUUAAACUGUAAAUUUUCCCAAAUAGUUAGUGCCUGGCUUCACAUAUUUGUUUCACCUGGGAUUUUUGUUUGUUUUUGUUUGUUUGUUUAUGGAGAUAAUUGUUUCUCUGUGUAGCCCAGAUUAGCCUUGAACUUCUAUGAUCCUCCUGCCUCUGCUUCCAGAGUUUGGGGGUUGCAGGUGUUUGCUACCACACCUGGCUGUAUUUUAUGUUUUGCUUGUUUUUUAAAUAAAAUCAGUGGAUGAUCUUAGUUUCAAACUUAGUUUAACUGCUGUUGGACAUUGCAGUUGUAAAGCCAGUUCCUUUUGUUGUUUAAGGUCUCCUUUUUUCCCCAGCAGAGACCUAGUAAAUAAAACUGGUAACAUUUUUCAUUAUCAUAAAUAAUUAGAUAUUUUUCUGUCGGACUCUUAAGGACCUAAGUCAAUAACUAAUGAGGAUAAGACUGUCUUUUAAAAACAAUGAUAAUGGUGGAUUGCAUUGUCAGUCAUUAUAUUUAAGUAUUAAGAGGUGUGGAUGAACGUUCAGUGAGCAGGAUUGAUUAGCCAGGAGAGUAUGUGGGGUGGGUGAUGUGCGCAUUUCACAACCGCAUUCCCUAACUCUUGUCUACUCACAUGUAGGUACAGCAGAAUUCUUGGGGAGCUCAAAAUAUAGCAGGAAUGUGACAGAAUGAUGAUUUACUUAAAGCACAGAUGAUCAGUGAGAUUGUGUUUUAAAAUAUUAGUUGAUACUUAGUUCAGUUUAUAGAAAAACAGGGUUGGUUCAGUUUAUUUCAGUAUUCUUGGCUUAACUUUUUUUGGGCAAAUUUCCACGUUAAUUCCUAAACUAGAAAAAAGGCAUUAUUUCUGAAUUUGACUCCAAUGUAUUGUUUCACUUUUACAUGGAACCCUUCAGAUUUUUUUUCUAAUGGUUAAUAAAAAAAAAAGACAUACUGACAUUCCAGUGUGACCCCAAUUGUUGUGUGUAUUGAAACAAGUCUGUAGCUGGUUAGAUGGCCCAGAAGAUACAGUGCUUUCCACAAACCCUGGUUAUGACUUGAGUUCAAUCCUGAGACCCAUGUGGUAGGACCUACACAUACACAUACAAAUAAAAUUUUAAAAAUU